AUGGCUCUGGCCCAGUGGCGUAUAAAGGCCGUCGUGGGGAUAAGGAACUUACGGCAUUGUGUUCAGAACGGUCAAGGACUGGCAGUAACGCCUCUAAGACGAGAGAUAGCAGAAAAAAGUCAUACAUAUGUUACGAAUGAAUCAUUUUUUGAGAAACGACCGUCUUCGUUUUACAGCCACAAGAGCAGACGUCGAAGGCACACCUCAAGACGUCUUUAUAACAACUCUGGAUACCCCUGGAUACCCUUCGCUUCAAUCAACUUCAUCUUUUACAGUCACUCUGCGGCUAUCAAGAUGCGCCUCCGGAGAUAUAUAGGAUCAACUCUAUCAUCUCGGCCUCUUGACGAUAACAGCGACUUCGAGGACGUUGUUGUUCAUCACAGCGUCAACCCACGCUCCAGCCCAUCCUCGGUCCCUUCAAUGCCCCUUCAGAGAUCAUAG